ACUGCGACUGCCUGUAAUCAGUUUCCUCAUGUCCAGAGAGUGGAUGCAUGCUGUCUGUUACCGACAUGAUGUUCUCAGUCAUUAUCUUGUCAAUCACAGUUGCUGUCAUUUCUUCAGAGACACGGAUAACAAAGCGUGAUGGAGAGACUGUGACCUUACAGAUGAACACAUCGAUGAUUCCUAUUAAGGAUUAUCUUUGGACCUUUGGGCGAGAUAACCCUACAACAGCAAUCACCAUUGUCACCAAAGGAGAAGUCACUCGUGUCAAUGGGACAGGCUUUGAAGACCGGCUAAGCACACACGUAGCAACUGGGUCUAUUACCAUCUCUAACCUUACCAUCAAUGACAGUGGGGUAUUUUUGGCUCAGGUCUUUACAGCAACAGGAAUCCUGAGACAGAGAUUUGAGCUCACUGUCCUUGAAAACUCAUAUAUUCAUCUCAAUGUGCUGGAGGGGACAAAUGUCACUCUGGAUCCUGAACUAACUCAACUACAGAAAGAACAUUAUGUCAAGUGGACAUGGGGUCCAGAUUAUGUUGGGCAGCUGAUUGCUCAGUGGAAGAACUUCAGCUUCUCUAUCGAGGAAAGAUUUGAGGGUGUUGUACAGCUGAACCCAGACACUGGAUCACUCACCAUUAUCAGAGUGACACAAGAUUUGUCUGGCUUUUACUGUGUCCAAGUGCUGUUGGGUCAGGAGCUGUACAUAGUGCUAAAAUAUUCCCUCACUGUCUAUGGACCUGUUUCCACACCAAAAGUGUCUACAGCCAAACACUCACUGAAUGAUAAGAACUGUUACCUGAGCUGCUCUGAGAAGAAUGGACUUAGUGUAAACUUGACCUGGUAUGAAGGAGAGAAGAUCAUAAACCAGACCUGCAGCAAGGACAUCUCAUCCAACCUCACCCUCCUUCUGGUGAUCAAGAAUCAGGAUGAAGGCAUUUUCAGCUGUGUGGCAGCCAACCCUGUCAGUAAGGAGGCAGUUACUGUCAACUCCACCCUGUGGUGUCCACCACAUGGUGCAGAUCCUAAUUGGAUGCAGUGGAUUCUUGUUGGAGGAAUUGUUGGAGGAAUUGUUGUAGUGUUGGGAUUGAUAUCUGUCAUCAAUCUGUGUCUGUGCAUGCCAGGAAAUACAGAAGGAGCAGGCGAUUGUUUAAAUUUGAGAGAUAUGGUGGAAGGAAGGCCAUCUGAGCCCAAUGAAGCUUCACAGGGCAAUAAUGGAAGUGAGGACGCCCUGCUGUCAAACGGCUGAGGAAGGGUCUGGAAAGAAUUUAUUUCAUAUUUUCAUCCCUAUAGUAACAAUCAUCAUCCUCAGUGCUGUAAUUCAUGUCAUGAUUCUGUAAUACUUAUUUUUGAUAAACAUGCUCUUUGUUGCUGCAUGUUAUCUUCCAAGUAUAUAAUGUGUGCAUGGUUAUGGUCAGGAUGGAGACGAGCUCAAAAAAUGUCAAAAUGAACAGAAACUCUCUACGUAAGCAACUUAUCAAAAGCUGUGUGUGAGCACAUCUAAGUAAAUUGAAUACAACUAUAAUGUUUCAAACUCAAGUUCAGUAUUAUCUACAACAACUUCAUGCAAUUUGGCUAAAUUUGAAUCAGUUGUGGCCUCCGACAUCAGUAACUGAGGCAAUUACUAAGAUAACAUCCCAGAAGUAGAAAGCUGACUCCUUCAAAUACCACCAAUGCUAACUGAUCCUUUAUCACAGUCUCCUGUUGUACAUUCAGUGGGAGAUAUGACAGUUUUUUCCACACAGAAUUUUGAACCAUAAGGUCGUUGUGUUUGUUACCAGGUGGCAAAAGCAUAAAUACACUAAAAUAAGAUUCAUCACAGAAGCAAAAUUCUGUAGGCAUUGACUUUGAACAGCAGGGGGUGUAGGUUGUAGGGAAUUUCAACAGCUUCCUUCCACAAGCUGUUAGAUUGCUGAACUGGUACAAAUACAAAUGACAAUAAAGCUUUGAUUGAUUGA